UCAUCAUUCAUAAAAAAAGACCCAUCACUCACCUAAGUAUAAACCCCACACAAACGCCUAUAAUAGAAAGAACACAAUUAACGCCGUUUACCCCCUCCACCUACUAAAGAAAGAAACCAUAAAAACCUUAAAUCAAAGUUCAAAAUUUGUUGAAGCAAUAGACUCGAAGUUUCGCAGCUUUCCAAAAGUUUCUGUUAGGUUACAUAUACACAAAGUCUAAUCCAUAAAUAGCAACAAAAUUGAGAACGAUGGAGAAUUAUUUGCAAGAGAAUUUUGGAGGAGUGAAGUCAAAAAACUCAUCUGAAGAAGCUCUUCGCAGAUGGAGAGAUGUUUGUGGAUUCGUCAAGAAUCCCAAAAGACGCUUUCGUUUCACUGCCAAUCUCGACAAGAGAGGCGAAGCUGCUGCUAUGCGUCGUACCAAUCAGGAGAAACUGAGGGUGGCAGUUUUGGUUUCCAAAGCAGCAUUUCAAUUUAUCCAAGGCGCGAAACCAAGCGAUUACAAAGUGCCGGAGGAAGUUAAAGAUGCAGGAUUUCAAAUCUGUGGUGAUGAAUUAGGGUCUAUUGUUGAAGGCCAUGAUGUGAAGAAGUUGAAAUAUCAUGGUAAGAUUGAUGGCAUUGCAGAAAAACUUUCUACAUCAGCUACUGAGGGGAUUAGCAAUGAUGCUGAUUUGCUGGAUAAGAGACAACAGAUAUAUGGAAUCAAUAAAUUCACUGAAAGUCAAGCUAAAAGCUUCUGGGUUUUUGUUUGGGAAGCACUUCAAGACAUGACUCUCAUGAUACUUGGAGUGUGUGCUCUUGUGUCUCUGAUAGUUGGCAUUGCAACUGAAGGAUGGCCUAAGGGUGCUCAUGAUGGUCUUGGGAUUGUUGCCAGUAUCUUAUUGGUCGUCUUUGUGACAGCAACAAGUGAUUAUCGCCAAUCAUUACAGUUCAAGGAUUUGGACAAGGAGAAGAAGAAAAUUUCCAUUCAGGUCACAAGAAAUGGAUAUAGGCAGAAAAUGUCUAUAUAUGAAUUACUUCCUGGUGAUAUAGUGCAUCUUGCCAUUGGUGACCAAGUGCCUGCUGAUGGACUCUUUGUUUCAGGAUUUUCUCUGUUGAUUGAUGAGUCAAGUUUAACAGGAGAGAGCGAGCCUGUGGUGGUGAACACUGAAAAUCCAUUUCUUCUUUCAGGAACCAAGGUCCAAGAUGGAUCAUGCAAGAUGUUGGUUACCACAGUUGGAAUGAGGACUCAAUGGGGUAAGUUGAUGGCUACUCUCAGUGAAGGUGGUGAUGAUGAAACCCCAUUACAAGUAAAACUUAAUGGAGUGGCAACCAUUAUUGGGAAAAUAGGGCUAUUCUUUGCCAUUGUUACUUUUGCUGUUCUUGUGCAAGGACUUGUGAGCCUUAAACUUCAACAAGAAAACUUCUGGAACUGGAAUGGGGAUGAUGCUUUGGAGAUGUUGGAGUACUUUGCGAUUGCAGUUACCAUCGUUGUUGUUGCUGUUCCAGAAGGGCUUCCAUUAGCUGUGACAUUGAGCCUUGCAUUUGCUAUGAAAAAAAUGAUGAAUGACAAGGCCCUUGUCCGAAAUUUGGCAGCUUGUGAGACAAUGGGAUCAGCCACAACUAUAUGUAGUGACAAAACUGGGACACUAACAACCAAUCACAUGACUGUUGUGAAAACAUGCAUUUGCAUGAAAAGCAAGGAGGUAAGCAACAAAACUUCUAGUUUGUGCUCUGAACUCCCAGAAUCUGUUGUGAAACUGCUGCAACAGUCAAUAUUUAACAACACUGGAGGAGAGGUUGUGGUUAACAAACAAGGGAAACACGAGAUUUUAGGGACACCAACCGAGACUGCAAUAUUGGAGUUUGGAUUAUCAUUAGGUGGUGAUUUUCAAGGAGAGAGACAAGCAUGCAAACUUGUUAAAGUUGAGCCGUUCAACUCUACUAAGAAAAGAAUGGGUGCAGUGGUGGAGCUCCCUAGUGGAGGUUUAAGAGCUCACUGUAAAGGUGCUUCUGAAAUAGUUCUUGCUGCUUGUGACAAAGUUCUCAAUUCAAACGGCGAGGUUGUCCCACUUGAUGAAGAAUCAACUAAUCAUCUCACGAAUACAAUAAACCAGUUUGCCAAUGAGGCACUUAGAACUUUAUGCCUUGCCUAUAUGGAAUUGGAAAAUGGGUUCUCUGCUGAAGACACCAUUCCUGUUACUGGUUACACUUGUAUAGGAGUUGUUGGUAUCAAAGAUCCCGUUCGUCCCGGUGUUAAGGAGUCUGUAGCUCUUUGUCGUUCAGCUGGAAUAACAGUAAGAAUGGUUACAGGUGACAAUAUUAAUACUGCAAAGGCUAUAGCUAGGGAAUGUGGGAUUUUAACAGAUGAUGGCAUAGCCAUUGAAGGUCCUGAAUUCAGAGAGAAGAGUUUGGAAGAGUUGCUUGAACUGAUUCCCAAAAUUCAGGUUAUGGCUCGAUCCUCACCUUUAGACAAGCAUACAUUGGUGAGACACCUUCGUACAACGUUUGGAGAAGUUGUAGCUGUAACUGGUGAUGGGACAAAUGAUGCACCAGCCCUUCAUGAAGCAGACAUUGGACUUGCCAUGGGUAUUGCUGGAACUGAGGUUGCAAAAGAAAGUGCAGAUGUCAUAAUUCUGGAUGAUAACUUCUCCACAAUAGUAACCGUGGCCAAAUGGGGACGUUCUGUUUACAUAAAUAUUCAGAAAUUCGUACAGUUUCAGCUUACGGUUAAUAUCGUUGCUUUAAUAGUGAACUUUACAUCAGCCUGCUUGACAGGAACUGCUCCCCUCACUGCUGUUCAACUUUUGUGGGUGAACAUGAUAAUGGACACACUGGGAGCACUUGCACUUGCAACUGAACCUCCAAAUGAUGAUUUAAUGAAGCGUGCACCUGUUGGAAGAAAAGGGAAUUUCAUCAGCAAUGUCAUGUGGAGGAAUAUCUUGGGACAAUCACUGUAUCAGUUUAUGGUGAUAUGGUUUCUUCAGUCAAAAGGAAAAACUAUCUUUUCGCUUGAUGGCCCCAAUUCUGAUCUAGUCUUAAACACACUUAUCUUCAAUGCAUUUGUAUUCUGCCAGGUUUUCAAUGAGAUAAACUCACGUGAGAUGGAGAAAAUUAAUGUUUUUAAAGGCAUAUUGGAUAACUAUGUCUUCGUGGGUGUGAUCAGUGCUACAAUCUUCUUUCAAAUCAUAAUCGUGGAGUACUUGGGAACCUUUGCAAACACAACACCUCUCACUCUGGUACAGUGGUUCUUUUGCUUAUUUGUUGGAUUUAUGGGAAUGCCUAUUGCUGCUCGCUUAAAGAAGAUCCCCGUCUGAAGAAAGCGAAUGAACAACUCUUCAUCAAAAAGUAGUGAACAUUUGUAAUUGUUAGUUGUUAUGGUUACAGUCACUAGACUUAGACCUUAGAUCCCUCUCAUUCUGUGUACAUUCACUAACUCAUUUGGCAUUGUUUGAGCUGCCUUGGGUUAGAAUCAGAAUUGAGCAGCAAAGUAGAACUCUAGAGCCUUGCUGCAGUUAUCCUUAGGCGACUGAUGAAUGACCUUUUAACCAAUUUUAUUCAGUACAUUGUUUAAUUUCAAGGCAAGCAGAAUUAUUGAUGAAAACCUGAACUUGUUGCUGUGUAUAUUGAUGACUCUUGUUGCUGGAAACAACUCGAAUAGCUAUUCUUCUUCAAUUUAGGGCAAUUUAAAUGGAUAAAUUAUGUGUUUAUAUUA